AUGCCAUUCCGCAUACCGCGCAGCGUAUGGAAAGCGAUAACAUGGGCACCUGUCCCGUUUAUAUUUGUGCAGCAUUGCAUGACAGUCAAGCAAAUUUCGGGGAGGAGUAUGCAGCCUACGCUGAAUCCUGAACCUUGCAUCUGGAAAGAUAUUGUGCUAUUUAAUCGGUUCUCUGUUCAUGCUGCGCAUGAUGUGAGACGGGGAGAUGUUGUUUCUCUUCGAUCACCUGUUAAACCAAACGAGACUGUUGUCAAACGGGUUGUGGCUCUUCCCGGAGAUACAGUGCAAACGCUUCCACCAUAUCCUCAGAAGGAAGUGAAGAUACCAGAAGGAUACUGCUGGGUAGAAGGGGACGAACCUUUUUGGACGCUUGACAGUAACACAUGGGGACCUGUCCCACAAGCCCUAAUUGAUGCGAAGCUCGUCUACAUUUUAUGGCCUCUUAAUCGAUUCGGGAGUCUCAAGCCUCGAGCUUUACGAGAUACGAGGACCCCACGUAAUGCAAACGGGAGUGACCCUGCAUGGAAAAGGCAGAUAGCAUCGAUCGAACGUGAUAAAUGGGCACACGAGCCUACGAAUGGAAAGACUUGAGUUUAGUUGGUUGGUAUGACGAGAAGGGAGUUUUGGGUUGUGUUUAGUGCAAUAAACCCUUUCUCCAACUGGGUCUAACAUUUGCAUUUUUGUCAUUUACUUCAUGGGUUCUCCUCUAGGUUUAGGUCACUGUUCACUUUAGUCGAGCUAGAAUGGAGGGUGAAACUUGUCGUCAGGAUACAGGCCAACCAUGAUGCGGGGUAAACGCCGAUCACGAUGAAGAUAGAUCAAAACUGCACGUUUUCGCGAUACCCUCUCGUUCUCCCUGACCAAUCC